UUUCUGAUUCGUACAUAGCGGUAUUUCUCACUUUUCCUGCGCGUGAGUCAACGUAUCGCCAAUGAGCGCAAGUCGCUGCUUGUGUGAGGUUCAGCAGCAGCAGCAGCAGAGGACCUUUUAAGGAACGGAGACAGCGGACAAAAAGUUGGAUUAUUACUGUGCGGGAAUAGUUCGUGAUCUACUUCUUUUUCCCCUCGUUGUUACUUUUCAUUUCAUCAGAGGAAGUUAUGACUUCGGUAUGGAAAAGACUGCAGCGAGUUGGUAAAAAGGCGUCAAAGUUUCAGUUUGUUGCGUCUUACCAGGAACUCUCUUUGGAGUGUACUAAAAAAUGGCAACCAGACAAGCUGAGGGUGGUUUGGACGAGGAGGAACAGACGCAUGGUUUCCAAGCUCCACAGUUGGCAGCCUGGAAUCAAGAACCCGUACAGGGGCAUGGUGGUGUGGCCCGUCCCAGAGAACAUUGACAUUUCUGUUACACUAUUCAAGGAGGCCAACGCUGAUGAGUUUGAGGACAAAGAGUGGACAUUUGUCAUUGAGGGUGAGAACAAGGGGCAUCGCAAGGUACUGGCAUCAGCGGACAUCAAUCUAAAGAAGUUUGCCAGCCCCACGCCGACCCAGACUGACCUGACGCUGACGCUGAAGCCGCUGUCUGUCAAAGUGGUGGAGGCCACGCUCAAGCUGUCACUGUCAUGUGUCUUCGUUCGUGAGGGGAAAGCUACUGAUGAAGACAUGCAGAGUCUGGCUAGUCUGAUGAGUGUGAAACCCACCGAUAUCGGCAACCUAGACGACUUCAACGAGAGCGAUGAAGAUGAGGACAAGAAAUCUGUCACUGUUACAGGUUCAACAUUCCCCUUCAGCCAGGGAAACAAGGACAAAACAUCUGUUGCCAAGGAAGCAGCUCCAAGCACUCUGAGCCGAGGCGAGGGAUCUCCUCAAAAUCACCGGGCCGUGGCUAAUAUUAAAAUAUCCACCCAGCCGCUCAGACCAGCAGCCACCACAGAAAACAAAGCUGGACCAGGAAGGACCAGGUGAGGUCAUGGGAGUGUGUACUUUCAGAUUGCCUGGUUUGAGA